CAUUCUCACUCACAGCGCGCACAACGCUACCACCUCUCCUUUGUGUGCUCUAUCUCGACCCAAAACCUCAGCUCCCCUCCCUCCAUUCAGAGCUGAUCUCUUGCUCCAAUGGCCGCCACCAUCGCUGCGACCACCCUCCAGACCGAGGAGAAGCUUUCCAAGCUCCGCUCAGCCGUCGCUGGCCUUAAUCAAAUCAGUGAGAAUGAGAAAUCUGGAUUCAUUAACCUCGUCUCUCGUUAUUUGAGCGGGGAAGCAGAGCAGAUCGAGUGGAGUAAGAUCCAGACUCCUACUGAUGAAGUGGUGGUGCCUUAUGAUACCCUUGCGCCGCCUCCUGAAGAUCUCGAAGCAACUAAGAAGCUUCUCAACAAGUUGGUAGUGCUGAAGCUUAAUGGAGGCUUGGGAACGACCAUGGGUUGCACUGGCCCCAAGUCUGUAAUUGAAGUUCGAAAUGGAUUUACAUUUCUUGAUCUGAUUGUUAUUCAAAUAGAGUCACUUAAUAAGAAGUAUGGGUGCAAUGUUCCCCUGCUUUUGAUGAACUCCUUCAACACCCAUGAUGACACAUUAAAGAUUGUGGAGAAGUAUUCCGACUCAGACAUUGAAAUUCAUACAUUUAACCAGAGUCAGUAUCCACGAAUAGUUGCUGAAGAUUUUCAGCCAUUGCCAUGCAAGGGCGAGGUUGGGAAGGAUGGCUGGUAUCCUCCUGGCCAUGGUGAUGUGUUCCCUUCCUUGAUGAAUAGUGGGAAGCUCGAUGCAUUAAUAUCACAGGGUAAAGAGUAUGUUUUUGUGGCAAACUCGGAUAACCUGGGUGCUAUUGUUGAUAUGAAGAUCCUCAACCAUUUGAUACACAAUCAGAAUGAGUACUGUAUGGAGGUGACUCCAAAAACUUUGGCUGAUGUGAAAGGAGGUACUCUUAUCUCAUACGAAGGAAGGGUUCAACUUUUAGAGAUUGCACAAGUUCCUGAUGCACAUGUGAAUGAGUUUAAAUCAAUUGAAAAAUUCAAGAUCUUCAAUACGAACAACUUAUGGGUGAACUUGAAGGCUAUCAAGCGGCUUGUGGAGGCUGAUGCACUUAAAAUGGAGAUCAUUCCUAACCCUAAGGAAGUGAAUGGUGUGAAAGUUCUUCAACUUGAAACUGCAGCUGGUGCAGCAAUACGGUUCUUUGAUCAUGCUAUUGGGAUUAAUGUUCCCCGCUCUCGCUUCCUCCCUGUGAAAGCAACAUCAGACUUGCUGCUAGUCCAGUCGGAUCUCUAUACUCUCGUUGAUGGCUUUGUGAUCCGCAACCAAGCUAGAUCAAACCCUGCGAACCCCACAAUCGAAUUAGGUCCUGAAUAUAAGAAGGUUGGUGAUUUCCUUCGCCGGUUCAAGUCCAUUCCAAGCAUUGUGGAUCUUGAUAGCUUGAAGGUUUCUGGUGAUGUAUGGUUUGGCGCUGGCAUAGUUCUCAAGGGCAAGGUGACAAUCACCAACAAAUCCGGCAAGAAGCUUGAAAUUCCCGAUGGGAUCGUUCUUGAGAACAAGGACGUCAAUGGCCCUGAGGACAUCUGAGUAUCUUUUCCUGGAGCAUUUGUAAGUCGGAGUUUUGCUUGUUUAAUGUGAUCAUCUUGUUGUUUAUCAGUUCAGUUCCUUUUGAUCAUAGCAGCGUUAGCUGCUCUACCAUAUUUGAGAGCCGUGCAUUAGAGUUUUGACACUUAUAAAGUAAGUUAGCGAAUAAAGGUUUACUUACAAUGAUU